CCAAAACAAAGCUCCGCUCUUUGAUUUUGUAACACUACCAAAAAUCCAAAAUGGGUCUCGAUGCGGGUCAGUCCGAGAAUGCGCGCAGCUGGGCGAGGUUCGUCGCCACGUGUCUCGUCGGCGGCGUCGUCGUGGCGGUCGGGAUCGGCGUCGGAGUCUCCAUGCUCGGCUCCGACCGCGGCGGGCCCCACCUCCUCCCUCUGCCGAUUCGGUGGCGCAGGAAGAAGAACCGCCCCGUCCGGGUCUACAUGGACGGCUGCUUCGACAUGAUGCACUACGGCCACUGCAACGCGCUCCGUCAGGCGCGUGCCCUCGGCGACCAAUUGGUCGUCGGCGUCGUCAGCGACGCCGAAAUCAUCGUCAAUAAAGGUCCUCCGGUCACUCCUCUCAACGAAAGGAUGAUAAUGGUUAAAGCUGUGAAAUGGGUUGAUGAGGUUAUUCCGGAUGCACCGUAUGCUAUAACCGAAGAGUUUAUGAAGAAGUUGUUUGAUGAGUAUGAUAUAGACUAUAUAAUCCACGGGGAUGAUCCUUGUGUUCUUCCUGAUGGAACCGACGCGUAUGCCCUUGCGAAGAAAGCCGGGCGCUACAAGCAGAUCAAACGUACAGAAGGGGUUUCGAGCACUGACAUUGUUGGGCGUAUGCUUCUAUGUGUGAGAGAGAGAUCGGUUAAUGAGAACCGGAACCAUUCUUCAUUGCAAAGACAGUUCAGCCAUGGACACGGUCAGAAGCUUGAAGAUGGUGGAUCCGGCAGUGGAACUCGUGUGUCUCAUUUCCUGCCAACAUCUCGUAGAAUUGUUCAGUUCUCUAAUGGAAAAGGACCUCAGUCGGAUGCGCGCAUAAUAUAUAUAGAUGGUGCAUUUGAUCUCUUUCAUGCUGGACAUGUCGAGAUCUUGAGGGUUGCUCGAGAGCUUGGGGAUUUUCUUCUUGUUGGAAUACACACUGAUCAAACUGUCAGUGCUAAUAGAGGUGCACAUCGCCCAAUCAUGAACCUUCAUGAAAGAAGCCUAAGUGUUUUGGGUUGCCGCUAUGUGGAUGAGGUCAUAAUUGGUGCUCCGUGGGAAAUUACAAAAGACGUGAUUACUACUUUCAAUAUCUCUUUGGUUGUCCAUGGGACAGUAGCUGAGAACAACAAUUUUGAGAAGGAGACGGGCAAUCCAUAUGAAGUUCCAAUCAGUAUGGGUAUCUUUAAAGUUUUGGCAAGCCCUCUUGAUAUUACAACUUCCACGAUAAUUAGGAGGAUUGUAUCUAAUCAUGAAGCAUACCAGAAACGAAAUGAUAAGAAGGCAGCUAGUGAGCAAAAGUAUUAUGAGGGCAAGUCUUAUGUUACUGGUGAUUGAUCCCUGCGGCGAUGUAUGGAUAGGGCAUUGGGUGCACCUGUUCUUUUAUUUUUGCAGUUUUACCGAGCAGUACUAACAUCAGAGAUGACCCAUUUGGGUUGGUAAAUCCACAUGAUUUGAUUCCCAGAUCCUAGAUUACUUGUGAUUCCUGAGUCUGUACUUAUAUAUGUGUUUGCAUAGAUUACUACUUUGGAAUUCAAUUCCAAACCUUAGAACUUGAGGAAAAAAAAAUGGUUUGUUAGGUGGAAUGACAUGAGCUUUUUCGAGUUUGCAAGUUCAUGCCCUUAUUUUUCACAUCAAUAGAAGUUCAGUAUGGUCACAGAUAGAUGC